AGGAAAAAGAAAGAAGGCGCAUUAAGGGAGGGAGACGUUGAGAAGGACUGAGACCGUGGCAAAGCCCAGGGUCCUGAGAAACUUCGCGAGACAGAGGGGCCCGGCGGCUGCCCAUCCCCAUGUUUGGGCACAUGGAGUCGUGGCUCCCGCUCUUGAGUCCUGCCCUGGGAGGGACAGUAUCUGUUUAGAUUUGCGUCUAAAUUUAAACCCUGAUCGUCGGCCUCCCUCCCCGCUCCCCACCCUCCCCUCCCCUUCCUCCCUCCCUCCCUCCUCCUCCUUCCUCGUUCUCUCGCGCAGGGCCCCCGCGGCCGGGGCAGUCCCGCAGCCGAGCGCAGCCGGGCGCGCGCCACCGCCCACUCACCCUGUGCCCGCCGCAGCCCGAAACUGGCCACGGCCGGGAGCGGAGGGGACAGCGGGGAUCGUGAGCUCCGGCCCGAGCGAGCGGGUGCGUCUGCCGCGGAGUCGGCACCUGAAGGACAUGGAGGAAAGACUGGCAGAGACCAAUGCCAGUGUGGACAACUCGGCAUCCCCCUCGGUGGCCCAGCUGGCCGGGCGGUUUAGGGAGCAGGCGGCUGCAGCCAAGGAGACACCAGCCAGUAAACCAACCCGAAGGAAACCGCCCUGUUCCCUCCCCCUGUUCCCCCCCAAGGUAGACCUGGGCCAGAAUGGUGAGGAGAAAUCACCACCCAAUGCGAGCCACCCUCCUAAAUUCAAGGUCAAGAGCUCGCCUCUGAUUGAGAAGCUUCAGGCCAAUUUAACCUUUGACCCAGCUGCUCUACUGCCUGGGGCCUCACCCAAGAGUCCUGGACUCAAGGCUAUGGUGUCGCCAUUUCACAGCCCACCUUCUACCCCCAGCAGCCCUGGUGUGCGAUCUAGGCCCAGCGAGGCAGAGGAGGUGCCUGUCAGCUUCGACCAGCCCCCUGAAGGCAGUCAUCUGCCCUGUUACAACAAGGUGCGGACGAGGGGCUCAAUAAAAAGGCGCCCUCCCUCCAGGCGAUUCCGAAGGUCACAGUCAGACUGUGGAGAACUUGGAGAUUUCAGGGCGGUGGAGUCAUCUCAGCAGAACGGUGCUAAGGAAGAGGAUGGGGAUGAAGUGUUGCCAUCCAAGAGCAAGGCCCCAGGAUCCCCUUUGUCCAGUGAGGGAGCAGCGGGAGAGGGAGUGAGAACCCUGGGACCUGCUGAAAAGCCUCCUCUGAGGAGGUCACCCAGCAGGACAGAGAAGCAGGAGGAGGACAGGGCCACAGAGGAAGCCAAGAACGGUGAAAAGGCCAGGCGGAGUUCAGAGGAGGUGGACGGCCAGCACCCGGCCCAAGAGGAGGUCCCGGAACCGCCCCAGACCUCUGGCCCAGAGGCAGAAAAUAGGUGUGGGAGCCCCAGGGAGGAAAAGCCAGCUGGAGAGGAAGCAGAGAUGGAAAAGGCUACAGAGGUGAAGGGGGAGAGGGUGCAAAAUGAAGAGGUAGGACCUGAACAUGACAGCCAAGAAACAAAGAAGCUGGAGGAGGGAGCUGCAGUGAAGGAGACCCCCCAUAGUCCCCCUGGAGGAGUGAAGGGCGGAGAUGUCCCCAAGCAGGAAAAAGGCAAGGAAAAACAACAGGAGGGGGCAGUGCUCGAGCCAGGCUGCAGCCCCCAGACCGGCCCUGCCCAGCUGGAGACCAGCAGUGAGGUCCAGAGCGAGCCAGCAGUCCCCAAGCCGGAGGAUGACACUCCUGUCCAGGACACUAAAAUGUGAAGAACAGCUCAUUGUGCCCCAGUGAUGAAGUUGCUGGGCACAUCUCUUUGCAGGUAGCAGCAACAGUUGUAGCAGCAGCAGACGAAGCCAUUGCAGAGGCAGAAUAUGCUGAGUGUCUGGAGUCAGCCUGAAGACACAGGGUGGAUUAUUUCCUGGCCUCCACACCAAACGUUCCCUUGCAGAUGGAGACUGAAUCUGAGGGCAGCAGACUUUUAUCAGCUUGAGUUUAUGUCAUUUGAUGGACUUGGUUAAACAACAAGAACUUACUUAAAACAAUGUACUGUGGUGAUGAGUCCCAGGGGCACUGGUCAGCCUGUGGAGCCCUGGAUGCUAUCCACACCCACCUAUCCCUGCAGCUGACCUCCGAACUGAGCUCUAAUUUAGCUGAUCAGAUUUUGCUUGGGUAAAGUUCCUUUUUAAUGUUCUAAAGUGUUUACGGUUCUCAAAUAUCAGUUAAAAACUAAUUUUAGGUGGCCAUAAACAUAAAAUAGAAACCCUGUAAGUUACAGAAGACCCUAAAUUGUAUCAAAACCCUAGAGACAACUUUUCAAUUUGAUCCAAAUUUGAACUGGCCAACCAGUCUUUAAAACAUUGGACUAGAAGAGAUAAUGAUUGAAACAUUUAAAAAAAAAAAAAAGGGCUCCAUUCGCAGGAGCUUUUCCUGUCCUGUGGUUUUCCAGUUGGUGACCACCAUGGGAGGUCGCUGGCUCGGCUCACUCCCUUGUCCCACCCUUGAGAAUGUGGAGAACUCCCAUGGAGAGGCAGAAUGGCAGGAGGUUUCAUGUCCCGCGUUGCAUCUCCUCCUGAAAGAAAAGCAGUGAUACCUGAAUAAUGCCGGCUCUCUGAUUGAUCCUGUGAGGAUGAAUUUGCAUUUCCAGAAUCCUUGAGCAUGGAUUAGAUGUUUCCUGGGAGGUGCCUUGAGUACCAUUAUGUGCAAGCUACAUAAUUAAAACAUUUUUCUUAGUUUCCCUGGGAAGCUUUUCUUGACUCACAGCCCAGGUUCUUCUGCCCAACACAAGAGGAGUGAGUUGGGGUCUUUGGUCUCUUCUUAUUGGGUAGCUCUUGCUUUAAUAUUCUGUUUGGUGAGUGUAAGGGGUUCUGCAAGGGACAGGGGGCCUGACUACCCAGUCUUUGACUUAUAUCCUCUCCCCUCUUCAUACACUCCUGCUGAAAAAUGUUAAACCAAAUACACAUUUAAACUUAGGGUCAGUCCUUAUUCUGAUUUGAGUAUUUUAAUGUCUCAGUGUGCUGAUUUGGUAGUUGGAAGAAUUAUUCUUCUGGAGGUCUGUUAGACUACAUCCUACACUGACUUCAGAAAACAGUCUGUCAGACAAAAAGGCCUUAUGUCACCACUGGUACCUCAGUUUCCUCAUCCCAUUUACAGUUUUUCUAACUCCAGGGUAGUGUUUAGUGUUAAUAUUUGGGAUAUAUUUUUUUUCAAAACUGUUUUUAAGUAGUUUGUAAUUUGUAACAAACUUGUAACCUGGUUGGGACUGAUAUUGUCAUAGCUAUGAUAAACUUUGGAUAUUAGCAGAA